AUGGAGAGAAAUCACUCGGGCAAUAAUAUCGAAAAAUUUGAUCAGAUUAAAUGGAGCUCAUCGGAUGACCAAAUCAGUGGCUCAGGGCGGGCAAAGUCUUACACCUGCACCUUCUGCACGCGGAGCUUCUCUAACGCGCAGGCUCUCGGGGGUCACAUGAACAUUCAUCGAAGAGAUAGAGCCCGGAUCAGACAAUUCUCCGAAGAUCAAAACCACCUUGCAAAUAUUUCUUCCACUGAUGGAAUUACCAAAAACCCUAGUGCUCGUCACAGUCGUGCUAAUUCGGAGGACAACAAUUCAAUACAAAUGGAAUUAAACGAAACCAACAUCCCCAGAAACCCAAUAUUAUCAUACCCUUUUACCAGAGAUGAAGAUGAUGAUGUUGUGAUCAUCGACGCCGGGAAUAAGGGUAAAGUUGGCAUUGAAGAAGUUCAAGUUCAGCUUCAGCUUCCGUUGUUUGUAGAGGAGCCAUCCGGAUUAGCCUGUACUGUCGACAUUAAUAAAAAUACAGGAGAGUGUACAAGUGGAGGGUGCAGGGAUGAAGAGACGAUGAAGAGGGGUGAGGAAUUGGACUUGGAGCUCCGGUUAGGACCCGAGCCGACUGAGACACCAAGCACUUUGAGCACAAGAGAGUUCUUUUGA